UUCGCACUCUUCCCCAGCCCUGGUCAAAAUGCAUCUAAUAAUUGCAAGUGCGCAUAAAAAAUCAAGAAGUUUGGCACAAAAUGAGCGCUGGUAAACGUGGAGCACUUAUUAUAUUCGAAGGUUGCGAUCGCAGUGGGAAGACUACUCAAAGCCGGCUACUGGUCGAACUCUUGAAAUCCAAGGGUCUUUCCGUACUGGCCAUGAACUUUCCGGAACGCAGCUCCAGCAUUGGCCAGGUGAUAAAUUCGUAUUUGACCAACAGCAAGGAUCUGCCGGACGAAGUCAUCCAUUUGAUGUUCUCCGCCAAUCGCUGGGAGUACAUGAACCAGGUAAAACAGCGACUUCUCGAGGGCAAAAUUCUGGUUGUGGAUCGUUACUCUUAUUCUGGAGUGGCUUACAGUGCGGCCAAAGGACUGGAUUUCGACUGGUGUUAUGCCCCAGAAAGGGGGCUCAUAAAACCCGAUGCAGUUUUCUAUCUGAGAGCGUCCGCGGAUAACCUCACAAGCCGUGGCCAAUACGGAGUUGAGCGUUAUGAAAAAGUGGAGUUCCAAAGGCGCAUCGCUGAGGUUUUCGAUCGCAUUUGCGACAAAGAAGCCAGUUAUUGGCACAAACUCGAUGCCAGUCAGUCCAUGGAGGAUUUGCAUACCCAAAUAGCCAGUAUAACGGAGCAACUCUUACCUAUCGCUUCCACCCAACCCCUGGAAACGUUAUCAUAGCACAGAGCCAUGAAUCGCCAUUCAUUAGAGGGGAUUUACCUUGAUUUAUGCAAUACACGAGUGUUUGUUAUAAAUGUU